AUGAGAAUGGGGAAAAUUGGAGAACAGGAGAAUGGAGAACAGGAAAACAGUGAAAAAGGGAAAACAGAUGAAUGGGAAAAAAUAGAAGAAUGGGAAAACAGGAGAAGUGGGAGGACAGGAGGAGGACAACAGGACGGGAGGAGGACAACAGGACGGGAGGAGGACAACAGGACGGGAGGAGGACAACAGGACGGGAGGAGGACAACAGGACGGGAGGAGGACAACAGGACGGGAGGAGGACAACAGGACGGGAGGAGGACAACAGGACGGGAGGAGGACAACAGGACGGGAGGAGGACAACAGGACGGGAGGACGGGGGCACAGAACACCAGAUACAACAGUAGAUGA